AUGGAGCGUAGAACGCUUACCAUGAACUGGGAUGGAUUGGGCGAAGACGACGAUGAAUGCUUCUUUGAAUCCCGUGAAAGAAUGUCAUCGGCUGUUCCUCUCGAUUUGGCAGCCUUGUCAGGAUCGGACGAGGACGAAGAAUUUGAGGAUAGCCGAAUGUCCUUUGCUUCCGCUAUCUCUGCAGCCUCCAUUAAAAGAAUUGGCAGCCUUGAGAUUGAGGAGGUAGUACCUACGAGCUCUUCAUCUGUAUUAGGAGGAUACGACAUGUGGAUGGCAGAACCAGGGGACAUUAAGGAGCGCCGCAAGAAGCUGUUUCAAGGUAUUGGAUUGAACAGCAAUAAGGAUUUUCUAAGGGUCACUACAGCCAAAUUUGUUCGAGGAAUUUCAAUCAAGCCUGAUGUUCCUCCUCCCCAAGCUCCUAAAUCAAAGGAAGAUUCUUCUCCCCUGGAAGAACCAAAAAAAGACAAGCGCGAGGCUGAGAAUUCACCAGAAGCGCCAAUUGUGUUCUUUAGGUCGAGAUCAGAUGGUGAUAUAGAGAGCUUUUCUGUGAAAACGAAAAAGAGGAAAGAAGAACUAAUAGGUCCCGUAUCAAAACAGCGUUUAACUAGAACAUCAUCGGGACAAAUAGCACAUACCACAGGUAUUUGUCACUAUGCAUGUUCAGUUCAAAUAUCAAACCCGAAGAGGGCUACAACCAAAUCAGCCCUGCCUAGUGAGGUGUUAGAAUCUGUACUGUCACCUGGUGCUUUUGAUUCAUUCUUCCUGAUAAAGAAUUUGGACACUGGAAAGGAGUUUAUUGUGAAAGAAUCCAAUGAAAAGGGAAUGUGGAAUAAGCUCAAUGAUGUUCAAACCGGGAAACAACUUACAUUGGAGGAAUUCGAGAAAUCUGUGGGAUACUCACAGUUUGUGAAGGAAGUGAUGGCUCGUGCUAAUGCCUCGAGGAGUCUUGAGAAUGCCAAGAAGGUAAAUUUUAAUUCAUAUCUAAUUAAGAGUUUCAGGAAUAGCAAAAGAAUGGGAGCCUCUUUCUUGAAGAACAUCAUGGGAGUCGCAAAUACUAUCAAUGGAAAAGUAGUAGAUAAGGAAGGAGAACAGUCUUCACAAUCUUCACUGGUAGAACAGGGAGCUAACAAAACUUCGUCUCAAUGGAUCAAAGCACACCAAUAUGGGAAAUCCUACAAAGAAUUUUCAGCUUUGCACAUGUCUCAAGAAAUUCAAGCUCAUGAUGGCUCAAUAUGGACAAUUAAGUUCAGCUGGGACGCUUGUUUCCUAGCAAGCACGGGAGAAGAUGGUGUAAUUCAUGUAUGGGAAGUGCAGGAAUGUGAUAUUAUGUCAACAAGAUCGCCUGACAAUAUAAAUUCACCGGGAGAGACACCUGUUCACUCAAUGGCAGGCGCUGCUUCAGAUCGGCCUCCACUUGCAGAGAUUACACCUAUGUUGUCCACAAUGAAGAGAAGAGGGAGGAAUAAUAAGAAAAAGGGAAACUCGAUUCCUGACUAUGUAAGUAUGCCAGAAACUGUAUUUGCUCUUUCAGAAAAGCCGUUCUGCACUUUCAAAGGUCACCAAGAUGACGUGUUAGAUCUCUCAUGGUCAAAAUCUCAGUUCAAUCCAGUAGAUGAAGAUUAUUUCAUCAGUGGUUCACUUGAUGGAAAGGUUCGAAUUUGGAGCAUACCUGAUCGUCAGGUUGUCGACUGGACAGAUAUACAUGAGAUGGUUACGGCUGCUUGCUACACUCCUGAUGGCCAGGGUGUGAUUAUAGGCUCACAUAAAGGGAUCUGUCGUUUGUAUACUAUAGAUGAUUGCAAAUUGGAACAGAAAGAUCAAAUUGAUAUUCAAUUCAAGAAAAAGUCUCAAGCGAAAAAAAUCACAGGUUUUCAGUUCUCCCCUCAGAAUCAGUCAGAAGUGCUCAUUACUUCAGCUGAUUCUCAAAUUCGAGUCUAUAGUGGAACAGAGCUCGUCCAAAAACUUAGAGGAUUUCGGAAUACUAGCAGCCAAAUUUUAGCUCAAUUCACUGCAAAUGGAAGAUAUGUCAUAAGCGCAAGCGAAGAUUCUCAGGUCUAUAUCUGGAAGCUGGAAGAUUCAAGAAAUGAAGGAGGUGGGAAAAGCAGAAGUAGAACUACCAUCCAGACAUACGAGCACUUCCCCUGUCAAGAUGUUUUGGCUGCAAUUGCCUGGCCUGGCAGCAUAAAAAUUGAACCACCAAUUGUAGACAUAAAUUCCAAAAGGCAGUCCAAACACUCCAGUACAACACAACCACGUUCUACAAGCGGUUCUCCAACCCGAGAAGACAUGGCCGGUGAAAGCAGCAAGAAGCAUUUGCCUCCACUUCCUAAGAAAAACAAUGUACUCGAGAAAAGUCCAAGCUACACGGAAAAGGAUUUUGCCCAAUAUGCUCGCAUAAACUCUGAAAAUGGUAUUAGUGAGUCAUUUGGUUCGUCCUCUUCAUCGAUUAGGUAUGGUGACUCACCUUCCAUUUCUGCUUCCGGGACUGCUGGAUCUCAAUCCUGGUCCUCGUCUUGGUCCUUGUUCGAUGGUGGCAGUAGUCAUGGAGGCCAAACCGUCCAAGCGACAGCAUGGGGGCUGGUUAUCAUAACAGCAAAUGCGGGAGGACAGAUCAGGGUUUAUCAAAAUUUUGGGCUGCCUCUCAAAGUCAGUAGACAAACCAAUCUCUUCUUGUGUGAUAGGAUUAGCCAGAGUUCAUCAGACUGGAAUGCCAGUUCGCAGAAAAUUCGAGAAAUUAAAUUGAUGAGAGAAAUAUCAAGCAAGAAGCUCGAGGAUUAUUUAGAUCCCGUUCUUCUCUCCGCAGUUCGUGUGAAAAUUGGAAGCAAAAGAAAAUUCGAUGAAGAGAAGAAAAUUAAGAGCGGAAAUUUGAACGAGUUCGAGCGAUUUGAGAAGUGGCCUAAAGAGGAAAAACUACCGAAAUUUGAGCAGAAUGAAGCCGUUGAUCUGCAAAACGAUAACGAUUGGGUUGGUAAUUCUGAUGGAGAUGAAGGAAUUUUCUGUAAUCCGUUUCUGCAAUUUGAGAAAACGGCGUUGAAGCGGUUCAACCAUUCAAGGAGUGAAGGAUAA